AGCAAACGCUCCCCGAUAAACCGAUUGAUCGGUCGUGUCUGUUCCUUUGCAUUGCGGCUUGCCAUAAUUUUAGUGCCAAGUUGUCAAAGGACAAAUAGGCAUGGACGCCGACUUGAGUUUCUCUUCUCGUCGGUCACCUGUGCUAUGUUUACACGGCUGCGUGGCGUCCAGCCAGCCCCUCGCUUCCACUGUAGGAUUGGAUGUUCUGAAGCGUGGUGGUAAUGCUGCAGAUGCUGCGGUCGCCAUAGCAGCAGCUCUGGCAGUUACAGAGCCAUGCAGUACCGGUGUUGGUGGCGAUGCCUUCUGCCUGUUCUUUAACGGCAACACCGGCGAGAUCAGCGCGAUAAACGGCAGUGGUCGUUCUCCCAAAGGUCUGACUUUAGAAUUCCUGAUGGGUCGCAAGUACAGCGCUGAGGUUCCUCUUCCUGUGUUUGAUGCCCUGAAUGUUACUGUGCCGGGGGCCCCUGCGUGCUGGUGCGACACCGUGCAGAUGUUUGGUAGUCACAAGCUGUCCUUACAUGAGGUGCUCAAUGGGGCAGUGCAACUGGCUGAGGUGGGGUUUCCUGUUGCCGAAGUCACAGCUCACCUCUGGUCACACUGGGUGUCUAAGCUGCGAGAUGCUGGAAAGGAACUUGGCAGAGAGCUGCUGAUUGAUGGUCAGCCUCCCAAACAUGGACAAGUAUUCCGUAACCCGGCCCUAGCACGAACUCUGAAGGAGUUGGGGGAGCGUGGAAAGGAAGCUUUCUACCAGGGCAGAGUUGCCCAAGCCAUCAUUGACAUCAUCAUCCAACAUGGAGGAGUCAUGACCUUGGACGACCUCAGCAGCCAUGACACUGAUGUUGUCACUCCCAUCAGCGCAAAAUACAAGGGUGUGUGCCUAUGGGAGUCUCCUCCCAACAGUCAAGGGUUGGCUGCCCUGCUGUUGCUCAACAUCCUGGACAACUUCCCUCUCAAAGCUUUAGGUCAUAAUAGUGCAGACUACAUCCAUAUUUUGGUGGAGGCUUUUCGCUUGGCACUAACAGACGCUAAAAGCUUUGUGGGCGACCCAGACCAUGUGACCAUUCCACUACGAAACCUAUUGGACAAAAGGUUCAGCAGCCAGCGAGCCCACCUCAUCAACAUGGACAGGGUCAUGCAAAGUGUAGAGCCUGCCCUGAUGACAGAAAGUGACACAGUCUAUUUCUGUGUGGUUGACAGUCAGGGGAAUGCCUGUUCUUUCGUCAACAGCACGUAUAUGGGCUUUGGGACCGGGCUUGUCCCAAAGGACUGUGGUUUCUCUCUUCAGAAUCGUGGGGCCAGCUUCUCGCUUCUUCACAACAGUGUUAAUUCUGUGGCUGGGGGGAAGCGGCCCUUCCACACCAUAAUACCUGCACUCCUUACUACCUGUGCAACUGAGUCCCAAAAGCCGCAACUCCUUGCAUCCUUGGGGGUAAUGGGCGCUUUUAUGCAACCACAAGGACAUGUUCAGGUGUUGCUUAACAUGUUGGAGUUUGGGAUGAAUCCACAGCAAGCUCUUGAUUCACCAAGGGUCUUUGUAGAAUAUGACCUCAAAGAAAAUCAAUGGUCUGUGAAUUUGGAGGAGGGGAUUGAGCAGGAGGUGGCUGAGGCUCUAAGAAGUCGGGGUCAUAAAGUCAACUGGCCCGUCACAGGCCACAAGAGGUCUCAGUUUGGGAGGGGACAGGUCAUCACAAUAGGGGAUUGGUGGAAUCCAUCUACCAAUCACAGCGAUCAACCAACCAGGGUGUUGUGGGCAGGAUCAGACCCCCGAUCAGAUGGAUGUGCUAUGGGAUUCUAGACUGCUUCAAGUAACUUGUUACUGUAGUAAACAAUGACCUCAUUCAUUCAACCACAGAAACAACUGUGUUCAUUUAAGUUAAAUUUAUGCCAAUUUGACACUGCAUUCUGGGUAAACUGGUGCAUCAGAGGCAGUUGACAGGAGAGCCAGUAUUAAUCACUUUGCAUUUCCUGUUCCAUCCCUGUGCACCUCUGAUACUACUUUGAAAGCCAGCAAAUUCCCAGGUCAACUUCAAUCCGACUUCCCACAUCAGUAUCUUACAAGACAGCAAGAUGGAAAAAAGCAGUGAAAAUUCGUAGAUAGCCUGUGUAAAAGCGGAUAUUGAUUAAAAAUGAAGUGCAAUUUGAUUAUGUCCAUUGGCAGAAUGCAGAUAAUUUAGGAUUACACACAGUGUGACGAGAUUGCAGUAAAGAUUUUUUUUUUAAAGAAAAUUAUGUCUUGAAAUAUAUUCAGAAAUACAUGUACCCCGAUGAGUACAUCUACUGAGUGCUACGGUGUGUUAUGUAAAAGUAAUACAGAAAUAAUCAAUUCAAUAAACACUAACAUGUUUCACCAAA